AUGCACGUGCGGGUUAUAGCUGGUGCCGAGACCCGGGUUGUUACGCCAUAUCACCGCUGGUGCCACAGACGGGGACCCUCCGCUUUUGCGGAGCAGGAUUCAGAACCACAAGACGAGGUACGCUCUGAAAGUGCCCCUCCACCUUAUGUGGAGAAGCCUUAUGCGGAGAAGCGCUGCUCAGAUUCCUUCCUGUCAAAGGGAGAUAAGAAAAAGUUAUUUCAGGCCUUUCCGGUGUUUGAGGUUGUUGAAGGAGGUCGAGUCUAUGCACCGGUAGAAUAUGGUCCCAUUAAGGAACUUGCUGAAUCAGUUAACAGAUAUGGAGUUGAUGCUAAUUUUACAGUCAUGCAGCUUGAAAGACUUGCCACUAUGGCUAUGACUCCGAAUGAUUGGCAAAGUACAGUAAAAGCUGCUCUCCCUAAUAUGGGACAGUACAUGGAAUGGAAAGCCUUAUGGCAUGAUGCUUCUCAAGUACAGGCAAGGGCCAAUGGCAAUACAGAAGGCAAUCAAAGAGAGUGGACGUUUGAAUUGUUAACAGGACAAGGACAGUAUGAUCAAACAAAUUACGACUGGGGAGCAUAUGGCCAAAUUUUAGCUGCUGCUAUUAAAGCAUGGAAGGCCCUCUCCAAGAAAGGUGAGGCUGGGGGACACCUAACAAAAAUAUUACAAGACCUUCAAGAGCCAUUCUCAGACUUUGUGGCUAGGAUGACAGAAACAGCAGGCAGAAUUUUUGGAGACCCAGAGCGAGUCAAACCAUUGAUAGAACAACUGGUGUAUGAAAAUGCCUCACCAGAAUGCAAGGCAGUCAUUAACCCUAGAAGAAACAAAGGGUUAACAGACUGGAUAAAUGUUUGCCGAGGACUUGGAGGCCCUCUUACUAAUGCUGGCCUUGCAGCGGCUAUCUUACAAAGCCAAAACCGCUCUAGUCCUGGUAGCCGUAAAGUCUGCUAUAACUGUGGCAAACCAGGUCAUUUGAAACGAGAAUGUCAUGCUUCCACACAAAAAAGAACUCCAGGGCUUUGUACAAAAUGCAGAAAAGGUUAUCAUUGGGCUAAUGAGUGUCGCUCAGUUAGAGAUAUUCAGGGAAAGCUUAUUCAACAUGAUUCCCCACCAGUGGGAAGAGAUCAAAGUAUUCCAAAAAAUGGAUUUCAGGGCCCCAGAUCCCAAGGCCCCCAAAAAUAUGAGACACAAAUCAGCAACCAGAGGACACUUCUAGCCACAGAGCUACAAGAGGCUCCGCAGGAUUGGACCUCUGCUCCACCUCCCGAUUCUUAUUAA